AUGCGGCAAGGUAGCGUGGCCUUGGUCGUUCUUGCGUUCUCGCUAGUCUGGGCAGCUCAACCUCGGCAUAGACAAGGCGAAUUUCCGCCUCUUACCAAGCGUCGAGGUCCCGCGACAGCACCAAUGUCCGGACUCGACGCUGCUCUUGUCAGAAGGCAACCUCUCGGCGAUGAGCUUGAGCGAGUGUUGGGGGCAGCACGUCAAGUCACAGCCCACCUGCCCCAGUACAGGGCAGAAGCCAGUCAUAGCCCUCGUCCUGAGCAGCAAGGAGCGCCACAGAUCAACACACAUAGAGGUGACACAUUUCACGUGAGUCCCGAGUCUCCGGCAGGUGCAUUCGACGGAAGUUCAAAUAGUCAAGAGAAUGCCAAGCAGAGCUUUGACGAUGACCUUCGGGUGCCGAGUCCAAGUCAAUAUCAUGGGAGCAGUGUAAGUUUUCCGCCUCGCAUAAUCUCCGCACAAAGAUUGCUGGCUCAAACAUCGUCAGCGUUCAGGUCGAACACCAUAGCUUCACCGACCUGCUCCAGAGUCCGCUAGGUGGAUACCACGUGAGUUGCGCACGGCUAGCGCUGCAAUGAACAUUGAUUCUGAGCAUCACCUCUCAGUGGCACGCCCACGACCUGGCUCUAGGCGCGAUGGAACAUGCAGAACACAAUGAUUACCAUCAAGUGAGAGGCUCUUCGCAAUUCCAUUCAUCUUCGUGUGUUUCGCACUCCGCUAAUCGUUGCACCUGCCAGAUAUUUGACCAUGACGCUAUCACGCAUGCGAUUCACAGCCCUGGACGUAUCAGUGUGAGUCGAGCCUGCGAUUGGAUAAGCCACACCUGUCUGACACAGUAGCACUGCCCCUCCACCGUUGUUGCUCUGGCUCCCGCACCUCUUUCGCUUUUCAGCACUCACCAGUGUCCUCACCAGGCACCGCCUCCGCACGACAGACAUCGACACCGCCCUCAUCCGGUACUCCAGAUGCCGCGUCUCAGGGCGCAUCUAAGACCCAGAGUGCGGCGCGCAGCAAGGGUAAGAUCCCAGCGGGACAACGUGCUUACAGGUACGCCGAUCUCUGGAAAGAAGCAGACGGAGCGUCCUCCAAUGACUCUGCGUAUGCACGCAAGCCGCCAAGCGAGCGUACUGCGAGGCGCCAUCGGGCCAUGGAAAGGAAGACGGGCGUUGCGUGGGAGGACAGACCUCGCUACCAGCGUUCACGCCCAGCGCCUUCGCCUGCGAGAAUGAGAUUCAACGAGCUGAUCGAGCAGGCUCGGGGUGACGGUUCAUUGCCGUUCGGAGAUGCCGUCAGGAAGCAUCUCUUCAAGGAGUAUGGCAAAGCAGCACUAUCUUUGCGGCCAGAAUACUGGGCCAAAUCAUUACCAAGCCACAGGUCAGCAGAGGAGUUUCUGCGGAUGGUAGAGGGAAGACCUACGCAACCUCGAGCGACGUAUGAGCGACAAGAAGAGAUGGCCAAGAAGCUCGAACAGGAGCAUGGGCCAGCGAUUCGGCUCAUGGAUCCUACACUUUGGAAGCCGGGCGGUCCAACCAGCUCGGCUAUUUCCAGGGCCAAGAAGCGUUACAUGGAGCGUCAAGAAGCCGGAGAGACUGAUCCCGGUCAGCUUCGCCCCAAAAGGAUAUCGAGAAUGCGACACACGACACAAGCCUGGGUCGAUGAGGGACAGCCCACUCCGUGA